UAUAAAUCAAUCAUGUAAUUCCUUUUAAAAAUGCAUUUAUAUUCUUGCUACUCUUUAAAUAAUAUAUACAUUUACUGUGUAAUACAUAUUUAGGAGCCUGACGGGGCAGUAUGACGCCCCCUCUACCUUCGUGUCAUCUUUCAUUAGCAUCAAUUUUUCUUGGUGAUCCAUCAUAUCUUGGUGACCCUGUUUCACUGCUCAGACCAGUUAAGUCACGUUGUUAAUGACACCACAGACAAGGGUUCCAAAGGAUUACAAAGUCCUCCUGCAGUGGACACCAUGAAACCUUUUUUUUCCCCCAGGAUAAUAAAACAUCUCAGCGUAAGUGUUUAACGAUUGUGAAGAACCAUGGAAAAUAAUAUUAUAUUAUUUUGUUCUUUAUAAUAUAUUUGACAAUCUAUCUCCUUAAAAUAUUAAAAAUAAUUGUUUUUAUUUAAAAAAAUAGCCUACAGCUGAAGGAUCCAAACGAUGUACCACUCUGCCUCAAUUGGUCGGCAAUGUAUCUUAGGUAGCCUACAUACGAGCAAGUGUGUCGCGUAGGAAGUGCUCUAAAAUAAAUGCACAGAAAUGUUUUACUUUACGCUGUGGCUCCAUCAGGCUCAUUUGAGCCCAAAACAAAAGAUAUGCAGAACACAACAGUGUGAUUACUGAACCGUGUGUCCUCGUAUGCCCUUCAUGGCAAGCUACUUCUACAGCAAGCAUUCACGCGUCUGCAAGAAACUUCCUGGAACGCAACCGAUUCUCCUCCCUCGCCUCCGCCUCGCUGGAAGGUCUCAAAAAACAGACGUGAAAAAAACGAGAUUAGUUCUGGAGACUCUAGUAAGGAAGAGAAGUGGAUGCCACGUCAGGUACAGGCGGGUUCUGCAAGGUUCCAUUGGACAUAAAGCAUUUUACUGUAUUUUUUUUAAAGAACGCAGAGGGUGUUUUAAAUGGGAGCAUCUUCAGCUUUUCAUUUAUUGUUUUAAAAUAUAGUCUGGAAAUGGUUUUGCGCGUUCUAUUUCGAGCUGUUAUCAUGGGGCCGCCCGGUUCGGGAAAAGGAACUGUGUCUGGUCGUAUAAGAAAAAGUUUCGAACUGAAACACAUUUCAAGUGGGGACAUUCUGAGGACCAACAUUAACGCCAAGACGGAGAUCGGACUCCUGGUGAAGUCCUGUAUUGACCAGGGCCAUUUGAUCCCUGAUGACAUCAUCACCCGUCUCAUCCUGUUCGAGCUACGCAAAGCGGAGCAGAGCAGUUGGCUGCUGGAUGGUAAAAGCACAGAUUCUCUGCAGUGGCAGCUUAAUGGAAUUACUGUGAUAUUACUGUUUCUCUUCAACUGGGGUUUCCCCCGCACUGUGCGUCAGGCCGAGGCCCUGGACGAGGCCUACAGCGUCGACACCGUCAUCAACCUGAACGUGCCCUUUCAGACCAUCAAAGAGCGCCUCACGUCUCGCUGGCUCCACCUGCCCAGCGGCAGAGUCUACAACACCGACUUCAACCCGCCCAAAAUCCCUGGUCUUGACGAUGUCACUGGCGAACCCUUAGCGCAGAGGGACGAUGACACCCCAGAGACUGUCACAAAGAGACUACAUGCCUACGAGACCCAGACCGAGCCGGUCCUGGAGUACUACAGAAGCAAGGGUGUUCUGGAGACCUUUUCAGGAACUGAAACCAACAAAAUCUGGCCUCAUGUUCACACCUUCCUGUCUGGGAAAGUGGGGUCUGUAAACCAUAAGGCCGCUGGGAAGGUCUAGAGCCAUUGGAGCCAAAAUGGAGUCAAUCGUCUCACAAUGUGACAUUUCGGAGCACGAAAGAGGGGGGAGGGUAGUGUCUUUGCGCUACCAGUUAAGGGUUAAGAAAAGUGGAGCGUUGUCAAGUGGUUGGCAGAGGGGUUCAUAAAGGAGACAUAACGGAGAUGAUAAGGAGGAAUAAAGGAAUAUGAUGAGGUGAAUGGGCUUCUUAAUCAGUGGGAAAUGUGUAGAAGGAAGUCAACGUUGAUGCGUUAACGGUACACUCCAGUGUACCGUUAACACUCCUGAUAGCUGUAUACAAUGGGAACGUGAUCAAAGCAACGUUAUGCUAAUUCCCUUGGUCUUAAUGAAAUAUUUUUUUAUUUGUGUCAUAAUUUUGGAGUGAGAAGUAGAGCUUUAUUUUGCAUUAAUAUUGCCUUAGCUUACCUUGUUCCUGAGAAGGUUGCACUUGCAUUGUAUUAUGAUUGUAUUUAACUGUGAAAACUGCUUCUUAAUGACCACAUUCAGAAAAAUCUCAAGUCUUUCCUAGAUGCCAAACCUAUAUUUUUGCUUAAUGAAGGCAGCUAAACGUAUUAAGCGGUAAAUUACUUCCACUGGAGUGGAGUCAUAUUAGGGAAUUUUAAUAAUAUUCAAAUAAUUUAAUCAACCCUCUAUAACCUUCAGUUGGAAAAUGCUGAAGCAUGAGUUGGCUAGCUGUACUCAACAUACUUUCAAUUAAAUAAAUUGCACAUGCACUAGUCUUACAAGGGAUAGGGGAUGUUAAUAGGUCUUAAUUAAAGUGCAUUAUAGAGGUUUUAUGUUGUUAUGCAUUUUAACAAAAUUAUGAAAGUGUUCAAAGAGACCCAUGUGUUUCACCUGUUUAAUUUAGCCAGUUGAGCUUUUUUUGACAUUCACCAUGUUUGCCUGUCAGGUUUGUUAUAAUUGUUAAUGCUGCCUAUAAUUCAGAUUUUAUUGAUUUUUUGAUUUAUUGAUUUUUGAGAACGUGUUCUUAUUAAACUAUUUCAGCCAGGCCUUAAAAUACUGAUUCAUAUUUAUUGUAUAUUUAGUAUUACAUAUUUGUAUUUUAUAUUUCUCAUCGGAGUUACAGGCAUUCUUUUUCAAGUACCUGAUGUAUUUCCUUGAAUUGAAAAUGAGACCACUUGAUACAAAGUCUACUUUUCUAGUACAUAAAAAUUUUCAAUCAUGGAUAAA